AUAAGGCUUGCAAUAGGAAGUUUUGCCUUGCAGAUUAUUUAAUGAAGACUAAAACAAGAUGCCCCUCUCCCGCACAGGGGCGUCUGUGGAUGGAUUGCGGACGAUGUGACGCUGGAGGCAAUCCAUGCCCGGAAGCCGUAGAACGCAAAUAUCCUAUAGCGGAGCAUAGUGGUAGAACGAUCAGUCUGAAGAAGGGUUUCGGCCCGAAACGUUGCCUAUUUCCUUCGCUCCAUAGAUGCUGCUGCAUCCGCUGAGUUUCUCCAGCUUUUUUGUGUAACCUUCGAUUCUCCAGCAUCUGCAGUUCCCUCUUAAACAUAGUGGUAGAAGGUACUGGCCUUAUUUUUAAUGGGGCAGGCGUGGCUUGCUAAAGAUUUACGACUCAGCCAUCCUGAAAUGCACGUUCUUGCUGCGACCACGUUGACAAACACAAGCCACUCUCCAGAAUGGACAGGGUCGAUUUGAGUUUGACACAGUGCGAGCGCCCACCACGCUCGGAUGAGAACGCAGCCGCCACUGAUGGAGAUGUGGGUGAAAGUGACGAGAAUGUGGAGCGAGGCAACUGGUCCUCGAAGACCGACUACCUGCUCUCAAUGAUCGGCUUGGCUGUGGGUCUGGGCAACGUCUGGAGAUUCCCUUACCUGGCGUACAAGAACGGAGGAGGUGCGUUUCUUAUUCCUUAUGCAGUCAUGUUGGCACUGGCGGGAAUGCCCAUAUUUUUCUUAGAUUCUUCCUUUGGGCAGUUCGCCAGCCUGGGACCUGUUGCAGUGUGGAAAGCCGUGCCAAUUCUACAAGGCGUGGGAAUCACCAUGGUCCUUUGUGGGGCAAUUGGUGACAUUUACUACAGCUGCAUCAUCGCCUACAGCCUAUACUACCUGUUUGCAUCCUUCCAAUCCCCCCUGCCGUGGUCAGACUGCUUCAGCUGGUGGGGUGCAGAUGAAACCUGCAGUCGGACACCCAGAGAUCCCCUCUGCAACCUCACGCUGGACGGCGAGUAUUCUGGGAUCGUUAAUACAACUUGGCUGCAGGCAAACAACAAAACCUGUUCCAAUGGAUCAGUAAUCCAUGUUCCUCACCAGGGUCCAAGCGAACAAUACUGGGAUAAGAGGGUUCUACAUCGGUCAACGUCAAUAGAUGAGAUGGGAGAGAUUGUUUGGAACCUGGCUCUCUGUCUACUUCUAGCCUGGAUCAUCAUCGGGGCCUCUCUGUCUCAAGGAAUCAAAUCUUCAGGAAAGGUGGUUUAUUUCACCGCAACAUUCCCGUAUGUGGUUCUGACUGUACUUCUGAUCCGAGGACUGACCCUGGAGGGAGCCUGGAAAGGGAUUGAAUUCUACAUUGGAAGCCAGUCGGACUUCUCAAAGCUGGCUGAUGCUGAGGUCUGGAAAGAUGCAGCAACACAGAUUAUUUAUUCGCUUGCACUGGGUACCGGCAGUCUAAUAACCCUAUCAUCCUACAACAAAUUCCACAACAACUGUUACAGAGACACCAUCAUUGUCUGUGUGGUGAACGGUGCCACGAGUGUGUUUGCUGGAUUUGCCAUCUUCUCCGUCCUGGGACACAUGGCUCACGUACAGGACAAGCCUGUUUCAGAGGUCGCUCAGUCAGGUUUCGGUUUGGUUUUCAUUGCCUACCCAGAGGCUCUUGCGCAGUUACCAUGGGCUCCUCUAUGGUCUGUUUUAUUUUUCUUCAUGCUGAUCACGCUGGGACUCGACAGUCAGUUUGCAACUGUGGAAACAAACAUAACAAUUCUGCUGGACAUGUUCCCUUCAUCUCUUCGGACAAAGCGCCUUUCUUUGACGAUAGCCAUUUGUUUGUCAUUCUAUGUCCUUGGCCUUGUAUAUGUAACACAGGCUGGGAUUUACUGGAUCAACUUACUUGAUCAUUUCUGUGCCGGGUGGAUUCUCAUUACAGUGGCUCUUCUGGAACUCAUCGGCCUGGGCUGGAUCUAUGGGGUGAACAGAUUCAUCAGGGACAUUGAGACGAUGAUUGGGGAGAAGGAUUGGAUGUUCUGGCUGUGGUGGAGAGUGUGCUGGUGUUUUAUCUCACCGUGCUUGUUGGUGGUGGUCUUAGCUUGGUCUUUGGUCACAUUCACCCCACCAACAUACGGACUCAUCGAGUACCCCACCUGGGCAAUAGCUCUCGGCUGGUGUACAAUCAUCUUCAGCAUUAUGUGGAUCCCCAUCAUUGCCAUUGUGAAAGUUGUCCAAGCUGAGGGCUCCACAUUGUACCAGAAGAUUUCUGCUGCUUGUGUGUCAGCUCCUGAUUGGGGUCCAUACUUGGAACAGCACAGAGUGGAAAGAUACAGAAAUAAGUCAGAUUUUGCCGAAGCUCUAACAGUGUGAUACCUCUUGCUGCAUUUGAGACAUGAAAAUUUAAGGCAAAUUUUCUGUUUGCAUUGAUCAUGAAAUUCACAUCAUAAAUUCUUUUUUUUUUUUUUAUUUAUUUUUGUUAGAAGUAAGUACAAUAAUGUGGCACCACAGUACCUAAUACAUUGAGAUAUUACAUUUCAUAUACAACUUCUUAUUUUUAAUAUAAUAAUAAAACAGGGGUAAGUAAGAAAAGAAUAGAAAAGGAGAGAUUGACAGAGUGGUGCGUGAAAUAGUAAGAUAGCCCGAAAGAAGAAAGACGUAAAAAGAAAGAAGAAGAGGAAGUAAAAAGAGAAAGAGAAAGAGACGAAGUAGAGCAAAAAAAGGAGAUUGAAUGCGAUAUACCUAUUUAAUGUUCCUGGCCACCCGUCACCUGAUUCUGAAACAUUUUAUUUCUAGGAUUGUGUUGCACCAUAUGCUUGUAAGAAGUCGAUAAAAUGAAACCAAAUCACUAAGAAUUGGUCUACUUUAUCUGCUAGGUGGAGUCGCAUUUCUUCAAGAAAUGCCGUUUGUGACAUAUUUGAAAUCCACAUUUUGAGCGUUGGUGUUGGCGCCCUUUUCCAAAAUUUAAGUAUGUUUUUUUGUCAUUAUUAAACCAUAAUUAAGGAGAGAUUUUGAAACAUAUUUAGUUUAUUCCCAUCUUCCAUUGAUCCAAAGAUAAUCAUUUCUGUAUUAGGUUCAAGUCUUCUAUUAAUAGUUUUGUAAAAAUUAAAAAAAUUUAGUUCCAGAAUUUAUGAAGUUUUAUACAGGAGACAAAAGAGUGUGUUAUAGUGGCAUUUUCAGAUAAGCAUUUAUCACAGAUGGGAGAGAUAUUUGGAUAGAUUUUAUUCAGUCUAGUUUUCGAGUAGUAUAAUCUAGGUAUGUUGCAAAACCUACCUGAAUCGUCGCUGAGAAUCUGCCCCAUCCCGUGUGCGCGAUUUUGGCGCUGUUUAGAGGGGGCGGGUUUAAAACGCGAUUUUUACUAGGCUGUUCCAAUCGAAGAUGUUCAGCCUAGUAAAUCAUUAACGAAAAAUCGCUGAUAGACCCCGUCGCAAAAGGUAUUAUUAGUUUUAUAGGCCUCGAAUAAUAGUUAUAAUAGUUUUAAAAUCACUCUCUCAACCCGCGAACUCUCGCAGCCCCAGGGUUUUAUAAAGCAAACAAUUAAAGGUAUGUACCUUAUUUUUACAUUAAAAGGGGCUUCUUAAGACCCCUUUAUACAAAGUUUACUAUAGCGAGUUGUUCAUUUUGGGCUCUUUAUAUCCCGCAGUAUUUUUCUGGGCAUUUGAGGGCACAAAUCCAGCGCAAUGUGAAUGUUCUAAACCAGCGCGUUCACAGGAACCCACUAGAAAGCUGAUUUAAAAUGGACUUUAAUUCACAGCAAUUGAACACUAAAUUCCUUCCAUUUGGCCUAUAAAUUGAUGUAAAUGAGAUUUAAAAAUCAUGUUUUAUUGUGAAUUAUUUGUGAAUAUUAUUUGGACACUUAGGCUAUUUAAAAAUGUUAAUCAUUUAUUAAGAAAUGGAUAGAUGUUUAGAUCUAGUAAUUGAAGUUUGAAAUUAGCUACAAUUGGGUAACUAACUAAUUAUAUGCUUUAAUUUCAGGUCAUCCAAGUAAGAUUAUUUUAUAUUUGUUUCAGAAUGCUUCAAUCUAUGAUAACUGAAAAUUUCAUUCAGCUUUUUUGUUAUGUCCAUAGAAAAUCAAUAGGGAACAAGAUGCUAAUUUCCGAGUAUGUAAAUGGCCAUAAUUAUUUUAUUACUUGAGAUAUGAAAGUGAAUUAGGUGUCAAAUUAAACUUCUUUUUAUGCUUUAUCUGAUGGGAUAAAUUGCAGACUUGAUUUUUUAAAUCUCAAAAUUUUGUAACAUUGCUAUAUAAUCUAUGUAAGAUAUUAAAUUGAAUUAGAUUGUGUCUUGCAUUAAUCGAACAUUUAUGUAUGUAUAUCAUGUAUUUUUCCCAUGUUUCUUUCAAAAUUUUCAUCAGUAAUUCUCGUUCCCAAUCUGCUCUGAUUGACUGUCGGUGGUAAUUCUAUAUUUAACAUGAUAUUAUAUAAAUAUGAUAUUAAAUUGCUUGAAUCUGCCUUAAUGUUCAUUGCUUCAUCUAAUAAAUCUAGGGUUAG